CUCCUGCAAUUGCAUCACCGCUUCUUCUUCGUUUAAUAGAUCCCUUCGGCUUCCCUCAGUCUACCUCCCACCUUCACUCUCCUCUCAACUACCUUUCCUCUAUAUCUACCGAUCGAUCGAUCUAUCACCUUCCUCCCCCUCUCCGCCUCUCUCUUUCUAAACCCAGAGCUCCGUACGUAAAUUCUGUAGCUUUCCCUUCUCCGAAUCCACAUGGGCUCUGCAAGAAGGCCCUUCUUCACGGCGGAUGAAGACGACGAUGACGACGACCACGGCGGGGUCGCCUCCCUGGAAUCCAUGGAAGCUGGGUUUUCAGGCAGCAGCAGCAGCGGCAGCGGCAGCGGCGCUGCCCUGAGCCAAAGUCACAGUCUUGAUCACCACAACCCCUUUUCCUCGAGGCCGGCGAUGGCGAGGGUCGGCGGCAGCCUCAGGAACAUCCCGUACAUGGGAUGUCCUGUCUCCUCGCCGAGAUCCGCGAGGUUCUUCUACGAAGACCACCACCGGCCCCACUUCUUGGAUUCUUGCGCCCUUUGCAAGAAGCCCCUCGGGAACCACCGGGACAUCUUCAUGUACAGAGGGGACACUGCCUUCUGCAGCGAGGAAUGCAGGCAAGAGCAGAUGGAAAUGGACGAGGCCAGAGAGAAGAACCUGAACCUGUCUUCCUCCCUGAGGAAGGACCAGAGGAAGUCCUCCACCUCCCCAUCCAAAUCCCAGGGCUGCCACGUCCGCACCGGGACUGUUGCUGCUGCUUAACAAGUCGAGGCCACAAACCCUUUUGAGAGUUUCAACUAAUAUAUACAUAUAGAUAUGAAUUAUGAUGAUGGUGGUGGAGAUAUGGCGAUGCUAUACAUACAAACGUACACACUCUCUCUCUCUAUAUAUAUAUAUGCUUGUUUUGUGGAUGAUGAUGAAGGGUGAUCACUAAUCGGAGCGGUCAUGGUUAUGGAGCAAGAAGUUAAGAUUAGGAGUAGAAGGGGAAAAAUGCCGAAAUGCUCAUUUUGAGGAAUUUUUGUUUUUUGUUCUCUUUUUUUUUUUGGUGUCCUUGGUUUUCUGGCAUUAAGGAGUGGGAAGGAAUCAGUGAGAUGGUUGUCCGUCCAUGCAAGGAAGAAUCAUCAUGAAAAGAAAGCUUUACUGGGACUGGUUUAUGGUGAUGGGGCCACGACAUGCCUGUUUUUAGCUUGGCCUUGAAACCUUUUUUCCUUCCAGUGAUGGAUGGAAGGAAGGAAGAAAGAAAAAGUCAAUUAAUAAUAAGAAAGACUGACAAAAGAAGGGGAAGAAAAAGAAAAAGAAAAAAGAAAAAAGAAUGAUGUAAUGUAUUUUUAAUAUCAUAGUCUAUGCUUAUAUGUUAUGUCAAUUGUUGUGCCCUUUAUUUGAGUUAAACGUUUUAUGUCUCUUCUUCGUGGAAGGGAACUGUUGCCUUGCCUUUUCUCCUUCACGGGUUCUUCGUGGAAGUGAAAGGGAAGUUUCUAUCAGUAAUAGUUAAAGCUGUUUGACUCUCUUCUGUUCA